AUGGAGAAGAAAAUUUAUCAGUGCGAUGUCUGCGACAAGUCGUUCAGCCAAAAUAGCAAUUUAACAAAACAUCGACGCACGCACACUGGAGAAAAGCCGUACGCGUGCGAUGUUUGCGAAAUGUCGUUCUCUGAAAGUGGCAGUUUGACGAAACACAAGCGGACUCACACCGGAGAAAAACCGUACGCGUGUGAUGUAUGUGAAAAGUGGUUCUCCGCAAGUACCGAUUUGACGAUACAUCGACGCAUGCACACUGGAGAAAAACCGUUCCCUUGUGAUGUAUGCGAAAAGUCGUUCUCUAAAAGUAGCUAUUUGACGAAACACAAGCGGACUCACACUGGAGAAAAACCGUACGCGUGCGAUGUAUGUGAAAAGUCGUUCUCCGAAAGUACCGAUUUGACGAUACACAAGCGGACUCACACUGGAGAAAAACCGUUCCCUUGUGAUGUAUGCGAUAAGUCGUUCUCUGAAAGUGGCAGUUUGACGAAACACAAGCGGACUCACACUGGAGAAAAACCGUACGCGUGCGAUGUAUGUGAAAAGUGGUUCUCCGAAAGUAGCCAUUUGACGAAACACAAGCGGACUCACACCGGAGAAAAACCGUACGCGUGCGAUGUAUGUGAAAAGUGGUUCUCCGCAAGUACCGAUUUGACGAUACAUCGACGCAUGCACACUGGAGAAAAACCGUUCCCUUGUGAUGUAUGCGAAAAGUCGUUCUCUAAAAGUAGCAAUUUGACAGCACAUCGACGCACACACACUGGAGAAAAACCGUACGCGUGCGAUGUAUGUGAAAAGUGGUUCUCCGAAAGUAGCCAUUUGACGAAACACAAGCGGACUCACACCGGAGAAAAACCGUACGCGUGCGAUGUAUGUGAAAAGUGGUUCUCCGCAAGUACCGAUUUGACGAUACAUCGACGCAUGCACACUGGAGAAAAACCGUUCCCUUGUGAUGUAUGCGAAAAGUCGUUCUCUAAAAGUAGCAAUUUGACAGCACAUCGACGCACACACACUGGAGAAAAACCGUACGCGUGCGAUGUUUGCGAAAUGUCGUUCUCUGAAAGUGGCAGUUUGACGAAACACAAGCGGACUCACACCGGAGAAAAACCGUACGCGUGUGAUGUAUGUGAAAAGUGGUUCUCCGCAAGUACCGAUUUGACGAUACAUCGACGCAUGCACACUGGAGAAAAACCGUUCCCUUGUGAUGUAUGCGAAAAGUCGUUCUCUAAAAGUAGCUAUUUGACAACACAUCGACGCACACACACUGGAGAAAAACCGUACUUUUGCGAUGUUUGCGAUAAGUCGUUCUCCAGAAGUACCGAUUUGACGAUACAUCGACGCAUGCACACUGGAGAAAAACCGUUCCCUUGUGAUGUAUGCGAAAAGUCGUUCUCUCAAAGUGGCAAUUUGACAGCACAUCGACGCACACACACUGGAGAAAAACCGUACGCGUGCGAUGUUUGCGAAAUGUCGUUCUCUGAAAGUGGCAGUUUGACGAAACACAAGCGGACUCACACCGGAGAAAAACCGUACGCGUGCGAUGUAUGUGAAAAGUGGUUCUCCGCAAGUACCGAUUUGACGAUACAUCGACGCAUGCACACUGGAGAAAAACCGUUCCCUUGUGAUGUAUGCGAAAAGUCGUUCUCUAAAAGUGGCAAUUUGACAGCACAUCGACGCACACACACUGGAGAAAAGCCGUACGCUUGCGAUGUAUGCGAGAAGUCGUUCUCCACAAGUACCGAUUUGACGAUACAUCGACGCAUGCACACUGGAGAAAAACCGUUCCCUUGUGAUGUAUGCGAAAAGUCGUUCUCUAAAAGUGGCAAUUUGACAAGACACAAGUGUACGCACAUGGCACACUGA